AUGGCCGACGUCUUUGCAAACCGCGUAGGCCAAAAUGCAUAGGCCAACAUGCAUAUGGAUUUUGUCCUGUCACAUUCGCGCAAGAAAUAAGCCGCUGUAACACCAAAAAAAGCAUGAUGCCCUUAAACAUGCCCAUGAAGUUGAAGUGGUUGGAGCAUCUAAACGCAACAUGGGUGACGGAAGACUGGGGCCAGGUAGCAAACAGAGAUGGCGCUUUGGAGUUGUACGACCGCCUGGUCACCAAUAAAGAGGUGAUUAGCACCCCCCGGCAGGCAUUGCACCUCCAGGGACCCCAACUGCCGGACUACGAGCGUGAGCCACCAUCAGGCGAAGAGCAGGAACACUUCCUGGAGGCCCUGCUGGCCAACCAGCUCAGCCUGGCCCGGGCUGUCUGCUCCGAGUCUCCCUUCGCCUCGGCGCUUCAGAAGCGGCUGGCCGUCCUGCGUCGCCUCUUCCACGCCAUCUCCAGCAAGUUCCAUGACAAGGAGAAGGUCAAGCAGCAGCUGCGGUUGCAGCAGGCCCACGCCGGCGCCGCCGACCCCAAGGCCGCCCUGAAGCAGGUGGCCUUCGGCACGGACGCACUGGUGGAGAUGGGGGUGCGGACGGGGCUCAGCUUGCUCUUUGCCCUCCUCCGCCAGAGCUGGUCACAGGCUCCGCCCACCGGGAACCCCAGCAUCUGCAAUGACGUCCUGCAGACAGCCAUGGAUGUGCUCAACUCACUGCCUCCGCUGUCUCUGGCUAACGAGAGCAAGAUCCCUUCCCUGGGCACAGAGUGCCUCAAGCAGGUCACGACAUUCCUUAAAUCUGCGACGAUGCCAAAUUCCGGAGCAGACCCUUACGGCAAGCAGUUAUCCUGCCAGCUUGUGAUUGGCCUAGCAGCUCAGCGUGGGUCAUUGCAGCAUCUCUUGGACUGGGUCGAGAUGGCCCUGGGGUCUUCUGCGGCAGUGAGCGGUGGUACAUGUACCUCCCAAGUGGGUGUGGCUGAACGGAAUGACAAGCCCAAGUAUGGAGUCAUCUCCUUCGAAUUUUUCACCAACGUGCUGGGUCAAAUGCGCAGAGCUACAGGGUCAUCAGCGGACAGAGGCUCUGUCCUGUCAGAGUUGAAACAAGAAGACGGCCAUUGUCCACUCUAUCAGGCAGCAUUGUGUCUCAUCGAGGAGGUGUCUCGUCUGGCCAUGGAGUACGCUCGCACCUGUGUCUGCCCCAACGAGAGAAAGCACAACAACCUGAGCGUGUCGGAGAACAGUGAGGUGUACGUAUGGGGAAGUAACAGCAGCCACCAGUUGGCUGAGGGGAGUCAAGAAAAGAUCUUGCAGCCCAAGAUAGCCGGUCUGUUUGCACAGAGCCAGCAGGUGGAAGCAGGCCAGUACUGCACAUUUGUUAUCUCAGCCGAUGGCACCGUCAGGGCCUGUGGCAAAGGUAGCUAUGGCAGACUAGGCCUGGGUGACUCCAACAACCAGACACAGCUGAAGAAGCUCAACUUUGAAAGCCAUGUUAUCUCCAAGAUAUCAUCUUCCAAGGGUUCUGAUGGCCACACACUCGCCCUGACAUCGGAGGGCCAGAUCUUCAGCUGGGGCGAUGGUGAUUACGGCAAGCUGGGCCAUGGCAACACCUCCACGCAGAAGUACCCCAAGCUGGUACCCGGCGUCCUGUCCAGCAAGGUGGUGGUGUGCGUAUCGGCCGGCUACCGUCACAGUGCCUGCGUCACCGAGGACGGACAGCUUUACACGUGGGGGGAAGGAGAUUACGGGAGACUGGGUCAUGGAGACAGUAACAGCAGGAACGUACCGACCUUGGUUAAAGACAUCAGUAACGUUGGUCAGGUAGUGUGCGGCAGCUCACACACCAUAGUUAUAUCACAGGACGGACGGACUGUCUGGUCAUUUGGUGGCGGUGACAACGGCAAGCUUGGUCACGGGGACACCAACCGGGUAUACAAACCGAAGAUGAUUGAGGCCCUGAUUGGUCUGGUAAUCCGUAAGGUAGCCUGCGGCAGCCAAUCAUCUCUUACCUUGACGUCCACUGGACAGGUCUUUGCAUGGGGCCAUGGCGCUUGCCUAGGGUCUGGGUCGGCCGAGACAACGGCCCUCCGCCCAAAGUUAGUGGAGGACCUCCAGAUGACCCGCAUCGUCGACAUCGCUUGCGGUGACAGCCACUGUCUGGCACUCAGUCACGAUAACGAGGUCUACGCCUGGGGCAAUAAUGCCAUGGGCCAGUGUGGCCAGGGUCACACCACGAGCCCUGUCCUGAGACCCAAGAAGGUCUUGGGCCUGGAAGGGGUCACCAUCCACCAAAUCUCAGCAGGGACUUCUCACAGUAUCGCCUGGACUGCUCUGCCGACGGACAGGCAAGUGGUGGCCUGGCACCGUCCCUUCUGCGUGGAUCUCCAGGAGGGGACCUUCUCCUACCUCCGGUCCUUCCUAGAGCACUACUGUGAUGGCUUCGAUCACCCGAGUCCACCACCCCCCUUUCCAACAGCAAGGGAGCACCAACACUUUGUGCUACUCUGCCUCAAACUCCUCUGCACCCAUCUUCAGUUGGCGCUGGCUGGGGGGCUCUCCAGUAGCAUCCUAGGGAGCCAGGCCAGGCCCCUCAGGCACCUGUUGUUUCGUCUCAUGGACUCCAAGACUCCCACGUCAGUCCAGAAGGCUGUGAGUGAAACGCUCUCCAUUGGUGCACCUCUACUCCUACCUCCAUUGAGGGAACGCAUGGAGUUACUGCAGUCUUUGCUGCCACAGGGGCCUGAUCGAUGGGACAGCCUCUCCAAAGGACAGAGGAUGCAGCUAGGCAUCAUCUUGACCAGCCUCCAGGAGAACCUCCACGUCGCCUCCCUCCUGGGCUUCACCUCUCCCCUGGACUGGGAGCCCGAGCCCAAACCCUCCGACCCUUCAACUCUGACCUUGGCACCAGGUCAGGAUAUGCACCUGGCAGAGGUGUUGAUGAAGACGCUGCUACGUAACCUAGGAUAUCACACCGAGCAAGCCUUCGGUGAGUUGGAGAAGAACAGCGACAAGACCCAGAAGUCUAUGGCUUGUGAUGACGGCGCGCCCCCGGCCCAUCUACGAGAGUUGCUGUCGUCACUACAGAAGCAUCUGGUAGCAUACUGUCACGUCAACGCCGGGGACGAGAUAUCAGGGAGUGUAGGCCUUCUACACAAACACCUCAAUCUGCUCCUGCCUCAUGCCGUGGAGGUGCUACAGAGGUCGGUCAAGCUUCUCCAGCAGAGCGGUGGGAUGGCAGCCCAGGCAGUCCGUAACAAGCUCAGGGAUGUCUUGUACACAUCCGCAGCCGGUGCGAUGCUGUCCCAGCUUCUACACUCUCUCCUCCUACUGCCCGUCAGCGUCUCACGUCCCCUCAUGCUGAGCCUGCUGGCCCUCCUGCCUGAACUGGAUCAGCUCAACCGAUUGCUACCUGCGGCAGCCCUCCUGGACGAGCAUGAACUGGAGUGGCCUUUACAUGGAGCCCCUGGCAGUGUGGAGCCCGCUGCGUUACCCCUCCCACAGCCUGCCAAGGGAUGGGUGUGGCUGGUAGAUCUGGAACGGUGCUGCGCCUUGGUCGUGGGGCGUUGCCUAGCUGGCAUGCUAGCUUGGGUGCCCGUCUCCAAGGAGGAGAGCGAGACCAGCGGCUGGAUGGUGUCCAGGCUACUCAGCAACGGUCUAGAGACCAAUGUGAAACAUUUGGUGGAACUAGUCAGCAAAGUGUCCGAAGCAGCCAUCUCCGGCGACGACGACUAUGACCUCUCUGAUUUCAAGAUGACCCCUGACCUAGCGACCUUGCUUGACUUGGCCACAGGCAGAGGGAGGGAACCAGCCCUGUCAAUAUGGAACAGCAUGCAGGACUAUGCACGUAAUAAAGACUGGGACACCAGCGGGGAGGUGCAGGAGGAAUUAUUAGACCGUGCGUCGCGGUGUCUGCUGGCCUGUCUGCUCAAGCAUUGCAACCUGCUGUCUGUUGCUGCACACAAGCAAGGGUCGGGAACAAAGCACUGGCGAGCCAUGGUGGAGAUCUACCACAGCGUGUACAAGGUCCGCCGGAAGUUGGUGGCAGCGCGCAUCAUGCAGGGUCAGAGCUCAAGCGGGGCGCCAGGAACCAGUGCUUCAUUGGGUCCAUCCACGUCUGAGGUCAGAGUUCAGAAAGAGGCCAGGGGUCAAGAUGAGGAGAGGGGGCGCCGCUGUAAAAAAGUGUUCCCCCGCGUGGCUGUAGAAGAGCCCUCAGAUGUGGAUCAAUCCGAGAGCGAGGGGGACAGUGAAAGCGUCACUACCCCGCCCCCAGAGAAGAAGACUAAGGAGCGCGAGCAGUACAGUUUCUCGGAGACCUGCAAGUCCAUGAUCGAGCGCUGCGUGUUCCUGCUGCUGGCAGUCAGCCCGGCCAUCCAACCCGACCAGGAAGAUGACAAGAAUGCCCUCCCUGGCACAGAGAAAAAGGACGGCAAUCCCGAAACCGCCCCAGCCGCGUCCAUGAGUCAUUCCUUGAGUGAACCAGACCUAGCACAGACAGACGAUGUGCAAGUACCACCUUCCAGUAACAGGGAGUCCGUGCGAGGUUUGAAAUCCUCCCGUAGUGAGCCAUUAUCAGAACUCCAAGCGGACACCAACCUCGACUCUCUAGAAGUGGUGCGAGCCACCUGGAGACGUCUGCACUGGAGACAGGAUCAGAACGGGUCAGUUCUGUCCAUCCCUUCCAGUGACCAGCAGGCACAAGGAUUUCUAGGCUCCGUCAAGCACAUCUGCAGUGACAUCAUAGGCUUUGCCUGCGGCGAGAUGCUGACCGACGCUCACCUGCCGUCGUCGGAGGAGGAGCAAUAUUUGUACUGCACUGAGCCAGCCACCAUUGUCCUGGCCAUGGAGAGCCAGCAGUGCAGGGCCGAGACACGGCUGGAUGCGCUGAAUCAAAUUCUGUCUCUCCUGAAUGGCCAUGAGGGGGACGAGACCAAGAAGCCAGCCUCGUCGGACAUCUUUGGCCGGGCGGUGGCACCCUUCAGCUCCGUGUCCCUGCUGGCGUCCGUCCACCUGCAGUUCCUGAUGGGCACAUUUGGGCUGGGCUGCCUGGAGCCCAGCUUGAGCGGGGAGGCCGGCGCACCCACACAGCUGCAUCAUUAUAGGGAUGGCAUCAGAGCAGCUAGCAAGACCACUCAGCUUGAGAUCCAAACAGUAGCCCAUCAGAUCUAUGACCAUCUGGUCACCACACUAGCAAGCAAUGUGGAAGAACCCCAGAGCUGCAAAGGUGCCUGGCAUAGGCUGCUGCUGGUCACCAUCUUCGCCUUGAGCGUCAAGUACCAGCCGCCAGACGUCCUGCUGGCCGUCUCUAGUGGUAUCCUUCCCCUGCUGGCCAGGCUGUGUGGGGAGGGAGGCCAGGCGGUGCUGGCCAGGCCAGUGCAGCCCCUGCUUAGUGGUGGUGUGCCGUCGGUGCACUGCGUGCUGCAGGUGGCUAGCAUGAGGCUACUGCAGAUACUGGCCAUAACCACCAGCACCCAUGCUGACCAGCUUAGCAAGUCGGUCAUCCAAGCCCUGGUCAGUCUCCUGCACGAACAGCUGUGCGGUCUGUUCUCAAUGGCCUGUGGAGAGACGGAAUGGAAGACACUAACCAGCUCAGCCCCCAGAGACAAGACCGAGGGGAAAGGAACAGAGGGCAAGGAGAAAAAGACGAGCACUUCAGGUCCCCAGCCAGGCAAACCACGUAAGGGGAAACACUCUCGCCACCUGGUGCAAACGGCUCUUGGAGACUUCCUGGUGUUCUUGCGUCGUGUUGCUCUCAGCAGACCCUUGUGUGGGAGCAUGGCCUCACCUAAUUGGACGUCGGUGCUGCUAGCCAUAGCUGGACACCAGCCAAGCACAGGUCUACCCAGGAUUGAAAACAUCCGCACCAGAUUACUGUCAUUGCAUCUGUUGGAAGCCGUCCUUCCUGCAUGCCCCAUGGACACACAGGAGGGGCACCAGUACCAGGUAGUGCAGCAACUUUUUGACAACCUGUCAGAGUGCAUGUGGCGUGCUCCCCAGGCCCUUGCCCGCCACCAGUCUCACCAGAAGCCCCCAGACUCCACAGCCCCUGACUCGUCAGUCCCCAGCAGCGUGGCCCCAAGCCCCCAGGCCAAGCGACCCACGUCCUCAGUCUCCGAGAGCGGGGACGAUGGUGAGGAGGAAGACGAUGAUGACGACAUCGCGCUGCAGGACACAGUGUUCGACGGGGAGAAGGUGGUGUGCUGCAGCGUGGAGGGGGGCCACACCCUUGUCCACGGAUCUGGUGGGAGGGGCUACGGCCUUGGGGCGACAGGAAUCACAGCCGGGUGCUACCAGUGGAAGUUUUACAUCACCAAAGAGAACAAGGGCAACGAGGGCACCUGUGUGGGGGUGUCGCGGUACCCGGUACGGGACUUCAGCCACCGCACCACCUCAGACAUGUGGCUGUACCGGGCCUACAGCGGCAACCUGUACCACAACGGAGAGCACUCAUUGACCCUGCCAGGCUUCACCCAGGGGGACUGCAUCACCUGUGUGCUGGACAUGGAGGCCCGCACGCUGUCCUUUGGCAAGAACGGGGAGGAGCCAAGGUUGGCCUUUGAUGAUGUUGAAGCAACAGAAUUGUACCCAGUGGUCAUGUUCUACAGCAGUAACCCUGGGGAGAAGGUGAAAAUUGGUGAGAUGCAGGUUCGAGGUGCGCCGCGAGACCUCCAGCCAGGCGAGCCCCUGUGCGCCCCAACCUCCUCUGUCCUGGCUGAGGCCCACGUGACCCUCCUGCGAUCACUCCAUCGGGAGCCUAGCUGGAGGGACACCAUCAAUAACAGCAUCCAGGCCCGGCUAGCACAGAUCCAGAGGUUGCACCAGUCCGCGCCAGGGCCCACAGCCCAGGAAUCCGACCGCAGCACUUCUGCCGAUCCCCGGCACAAAGCUGAGACGACAAGGUGUAAGUCGGCACCCAGGAAGUCAGAAAGCGAUGAUGUGAAACCCGACAGGAGGAAUGCCAACGGAGAUGGCAGGCUCUCAAAGAAAAGCCGGGGAAGCAUGUCGGAUUCAGAGCUGGUCAAGACAAAACUGGGUGAGGUAAAAACAAAAUCGGACAAGUCAAAGGAGACAGAGAAAGCUCUGGAUGUUGGGAAGAAUGAACAGAAGGGAGAUGACCCAGUGAAGGGCGAAACAAAAGCUGCAGAUGCAAGUGACAAAAGAGAAGACAAAUCAUCCAAAAUGAAAGAUACUGACUCCAAGUUCGACAAAAACCAUAAGAAGAAAGAUGAAACUGAAGACAAAGCUGGGAAGAAGGAAGUUGCAGAUGAUAAAGAAAAAGACACUGAGUCAACAGACUGGAUGGAACUUUGUAACUCUGUCCUACCAGUCUUGGCGGUCAUCGGAGGCAUUGACAGGGGCCUGAGAAUUGGUGGACGCUGUGUGCAUAAACAGACCUGUAGAGAGGCCACCCUUCUGGGCAUGCUCAAAGAGGGUGGUACCUCGGCCAAGGUGCAGUGGGAGGAUGCAGAUUCCACCAUCAGCGACUGUGCAAUAUCAAAUCUGGAGCCCUUGGAGCCAGCGGGAUUUGAGCCAGCACACCUCAAGGGUGUCAGUGCGACUGUGCUGUGCGACCUUGCCCUCCUCUCUGGAAUCACCAACGAGAGCACCCAGAGAGAUGUAGUAAAAGCAGACCAGCCUGCAAGACCUGCUGGCGAGGGGGCGACGGAAAAUGAGAAAGAGAAACAAGAUCAAAAGAGGAAGGAAGAAGAUGUGGCCAAGACGGAUGCGUUUGAGAGGUCUCUGGAUGCAGAUAUUGCCAGAGCGAUGAAAGAAGAGGAAGAGGAAGAGGUGACUGCAGAGCCCGAAGGCCCUGUAGAAGUCACAGAGCCUGUUUCGAGUGUCGAAAGCACUGACAUUGACAGCCCCACCUCGCCGAAAGCCAGAAACCCUGCAGCGGCUACAAAAUUGUCAACAUUGCAGCUGCAACUGGAAUCACCGGAUUCUAAAGCCAGCCGAGGUGCCGCUGCAUCAAGUGCCGAAGGCCAGGUUGUCCCUGCACCGAUCACCAACGAGAGGGUGGUUGAGGAAGUCUCUAAAAGCAUCUCUCAGGAACUGGACCCUGACUCGAGGAUGUUGUCGGCAAGUGACCAGAUGCCAGAGCCAUCCCUCAGGGAUGAGAUGGAAGGAACAUCUGCCGCCUCGAGCUGCAACGAUUCACCAGCCCUCAGCCCCACGGAUGCCAAUUUGUCCGACACUAGCACCCUGUCCGUCCAGGCUGAGACCCCCAAGGUGGAGCAAGAAUGUCCCAUCCCGACCCCCGCUGCCACCAUGAAGGAGACCCUGACUGCUCCUAAACCGGGCCUGAAGCUGGAAGACACCACCAAGCAGUCGGACACAGAGAUGAAGAGCAUUAUGCUGGCCCACCUUCAGGUGGGCGCCCUGAAGACGCUCAGCGUGCUCAUGGGCUGCUCAAAGUACAUUGAGAUGCUACUGGUCCCCAAGACCCUGACGGCCGAGAAGCCACAGAAGGACCAGCCACCCCUCCCGCCAGUCGGCGAGAAGCAGCAGCGCAAGGGCAGCGGGGGCAGCGACAAGGACCAGGGGGAGCUGGCCAGGGCCAAGGAGGAGAUGGAGAGCCUGCGAACAGCCAUGCGCACCAUCAUGAGGCAGCUGGUGAAGCGGGCUGUCAUGCCCUCCCCCAUCAGGCGCGUGGUGUGCAUGGCCGAGCUUGAAAGAGCCCAUGCCAUGCUGAUCAAGCUGGCAGCCCAGGCUCCAUUUACAGACGGUAAAACCACCUCUUCUAAACUAGAGAUGUUAGCCAGCCAAGCCCGCCGGCUGGAGCGAGAGUCUGCUGCCGUGGCCACUUCCCAAGCUGACAGCCAGGAUCGGCAGAGUUCCUCCUCCACCACUGUCUCGGCUCCACCCACCCCUUCUUGUUCCCUGCCGUCCCGUAGCCGCCUGAGGGGGGUGGGGAUGAGGACACUAUUCUCUCGUGGGUCGCAGAGGGCGACGACUGUCACCGCCAUCUCACCCCCGGCGUCUCCGCCCCACUCCCCUGAUGAAGACGCCCACAGUGAGGCUUGGCAGUCCCAUCCACCCCCGUCUCCACCUAUAGCUGCUCCUCUCCUGGAAAUGGGGUUCAGUAUGCAUCAUGUACUAAAAGCAAUGGCUGCCACAAACACGCGUGGGGACUUAGACACGCAGCGCAUCACCAUCCUAGCCACCUGGAUGAUAGAGCAUCCUUGCCUGGAAGAGGAGGACGACUCCUCCCCCUUGCAGGUGCAGCCACAGCAACAACCCCAGGGUGGCGCUGCAGAGCAGACCAGUGGUAGGCAACAGCAGCAGCAACCAUCAGGUGCACUCAGCAGGCCGUCUAGGCCCACCGAUACUGAAAGCUCCACCAGCCGAUACGAGGAAUACGAAGAUUCCAGCUACCCAGACACGGAAGAGACCGCCAGACGGUUGAGAAGAACACCGUCCGUAGAGCGCCCCCCAUCCCGCUUAGAGCGCUACCGGGCUGUCGCUGACCUGUCCUCACUCGCCAACGCCAUGGCCCGUAAUGUGGACAGAACAACGUACCACUCUGAGGGUCUGUUCAGUGACUUGGACAGACAGGAUCUCAGAUACGAAGUCCCGUCUGAGGACAUUGUCUUUGAAGAUGACGAUAUGGAUUUGGAUGACGAGGAAGAUGAUACCCUGGUUACCGACAAUGGUGGGGACCGGGAACUGUUGGGUCUAUGGUACCCUGAGCUGAGCCGCGAGUUGGAGGAGAGCGAGAGCCAGGUGACCUGCGACCUCUGCGGCAUGACCACCCCACAGUUUAACCGCCACAUGCGGCUGCAGCACCCCGGCUGCCGGCAGAGCUGUGGCCACAUGGGUUACCGCAGCAAUGGGGCCUAUGUCGGGGGCUGGUUCGGCGGGGCCUGCGGCACCGGUAACCCGUACUACCUCAUGUGCACUGACUGCAGGGAGAAGUACCAAUCGGGCAACAGGGGUCUGGUAACCAUGUCAUCAGACUUUACUGUGACAACCGAGGGCACUGUUGAUGAUGAUCACGACUUUGUCAUGGAAGAUGACACCAAUCAGAUCUCGGGCCAGGAGACGUUUGAGCAGAUCAUGGGGCGUCUGGGCCUGACCGAGAGUCGCUCCAUCCCUGAGCCGGUCCAGUUUCCGGAACCGGACCCCCUGGGGGCUAGAAGUGCGUCAGUCGGGGUCAGCAGGGGUCCCGGGGGAACCCUAAAUCUCGAUGGUACCAGCCAGCGGGACUCUUGCCUUGUGAAUCGGCUGAGCCUUGGGGAGCAGGUCGCCCUACUGUCCACUGCCCAUGACAGGGCCGUUGCCCUGAGGAAGACAACGGCAGCUGCUCAAGUACUCCUGGCUCGGUCUAUGGUCAUGAGAGCGCUCUCGCUGCUGUCUGUCAGCGGUUCUGCCUGUAAUCUCUCCGAGGGCCUGGAGCAGCUGGGCCUAUCAGACAUCAGGCUGGUUGUCCGGCUCAUGUGCCUGGCAGCAGCAGGCCGGACAGACUUUGCGGCCGCCAACAGCCCCUCGUCGACAGCCGGUUAUGGCAGCCAGGUCCCCCUGGAUACAGUGUCCACGGGAACAGUGGGCAUGUCCUCCAGUCUGGCCUACCUCAGCUCGGCCAUCGGUUCUCUGGUGGCUUGUAAUCCCAGUGCAGCCAAGAUGCUUGUUCAGCUGUGCACCAAGGACCUCCUCUCAGCUGCCUGUGGUCUCAACGUGGCUGCCAUCGACACCCGACGGGGAACCUCCACGGCCAGGGAGGAUCCUGCCUCUUCCGAUCAGCGAGCCCUCUCCUCUCCUAGCUUUGCCGUCACCCAGGCCCUGGUCUGCUUGCUGGCCGAGGGCCCCAAGCAGCAGGCCAGCCAGGCUCAACAGUUAGAGGGAUCCACAGAGACCAACCAGGCCACAAAGGAACCACCCAGUGACCCCAUGACCCCAGCAGCUGCCUCCACCCUAGCAGCCCGGGCAGCCCCGCCCCUCCAGCUAGCCAACGCCCUGGCGGCCUGCUGCCUGUCGGGCCGGCUUGCCAGUCAGCACCGGGAGUGGGCGGCUCAGCAGCUGGUCAAGACACUCUCUGGCCAGGCCCGGCUAGGGGCAGUCCCUUUAGUCAUCGCUGCAGACUUCCACAGCGACCUGCCCCCAUGUCCUGUGACGAGAAUAGAUGCUCACCAGGACGUGUUGACAGGUUGCAUCUGGAAUCCAACUAAAGCACUACUAGCAACAAGUGGCUGUGAUGGGGUGGUGAGACUGUGGGGUUCCCUGUCUCGUCCCCAGCCUCUCCUGCAGCAAUCCUGCACCUUCACCGACAGCGACGAGUACGGUGCCUACAUCAGCCCCAGUCGCUGCGGCCUGCCACUGACCAACCUCUGCUACAAUGCCAAUGGGAGGGUCAUCGCUGCCUCGCUGGAACACAUGGUCAAUGUGUGGUUUGUCACAGGCGGCAGGGGCCAUCUUGAUCAACAACCCCAGCUGGUGACUGCCCUUGCUUGGCCCAAAUUCAAGGGCUUACUGGAGGGACGGGCCGGCACAACCACGGAGAUGCUGGUGGUGGGGCGCAUCGAUGGCACCCUGGGAUUGAUCGAGGUCCUGGACCAUUCCACCUACCACCGGGUGGAGCUGGAGCAGUGCUACCGACAAAACGUGGCUGUGACCUGCCUGACAUGGUACGAUGAGGACCGGCGAUUUGCUGUUGGCUACUCAGAUGGAAUCCUUGCAAUGUGCAGCCGCGACACCUUUGACCCGGAACCCAUUAUAGUGCUCCAUGCUCACAAUACGGCCAUUGACCAGCUAGGCUGGGACCCUACUGGUCAUCUCCUGGCCACCUGCUCCCAGGACCACGAGGUCAAGGUUUGGGCCCAGAAGUCCAACCGCUGGCUCUGCCUGCACGUCCUCCGGCAUGGCUGCCCACUGUCGGCCCUCCACUGGUGCCCUCACCUGAACCAGCCCAGCAGUCCCGUUCUGCUGCUAGCCACUGGCUGUAAUGACGGCAGCGUUAGGGUUUGGAAAGUCCCGCACACUGGAGCGGACGUCACCGUGCCGAGACUGGGCCAACGAGAUGAGAGUCUUCAAGGAGUACCCCAGACUGAGGGUCAAGGCAGUGACACAAACCAAUCAGAUAGUGCUGUGGAGGUGUUCCAUGUCAAAGGUCACAGUGAGGCUGUCACUCAGCUUGCCUUCAAUCCCAGCUCCAUGCUCCUGGCCUCAGGAUGUGCCCGAGGUUACAUCAACGUCUGGGCACUCCGUGAAAGUGCCGUACUGCAGACAGUUCAGGGCGACGGUCCCAUCCAACAGCUUUGCUGGGUCAGUGAUGCAGCCGGGCUGGCCGCCUGUUUCCAGAACUCCAAGCAACUAGUCAUCCUGGGCUACACCGACACGCUGUUCAUCAGGAACCGGGUCUAUGCCGCGGCACGGAUGGCCUUGCUCAACCAGGGAAUCGUAGGAUUGCAUCAGGCACCCUGCCUGAGAGCCUUCCUGGAGCGACUGCCCAAGAUACUGCAAGACCAGUACUCAUAUGAAAAGGUCCACGUCUUGUGUGGUGACCAGCUGGUCCACAGUAGCUUCCUGCAGUGUCUGGCCUCUCUGGCCGUGGCCUUGCAGCUGGACAAAGCCCUCUUCUACUCGCCCACCUCCCUGCAGACCCAGGCCGAGGCCUCCGACACCACCCACCUCCCCUACCCCCACCACCGCAACCACCACGGGGCCGGCCAGCUGGCCGUGGCUACCCAGUGGAGCUGGCUGUCCGCCUUCUGCACGGCCCUCAAGUCGGCCGGCGCCCUCCUGAGGCGGGAGCAACUGCCAGCCGAGUUCAGCGUGCCGGAUGCGGAGACCCUGGAGGGAGCCGCCACUGAGGGUCCAUUGCUGGACCCCAAGCCCUCAGACAAUGGCCAGUGGAGCCUGGCCAUGGACGAGCAGAUCAUGGCCUGGGCCACCAACCGGCCUGAGGACUGGCAGCUGGGGGGAAAGUGUGACGUCUACAUGUUCGGCAGUGGCAGGCACGGCCAACUGGCUGAGACAGGACGGGGCACCAACUUACCCACUAUCACCCAGUCAUUCUCGCAAGCACAGCAGGUUGUAUGCGGCCAGAAUUGCACCUUUGUCAUCCAUCGCAAUGGGACAGUGUCCGCCUGCGGCGAGGGUAGCUAUGGCCGGCUAGGCCAAGGGAACUCAGACGACCUGCACUCCCCGACGGUCAUCUCGGCACUUCAAGGUUUUGUAGUGAUUCAGCUGGUCACGUCCUGUGGGUCCGAUGGCCACUCCAUGGCGCUGACAGAGAGCGGUGAAGUCUUCAGCUGGGGGGAUGGAGACUACGGUAAACUGGGCCAUGGCAACAGCGACAGACAGCGUCGGCCACGGCAGAUCGAGGCCCUGCAAGGAGAAGAAGUCACCCAGGUAAAUCGUUGCUUGCGGCCUGAACCACACCAUGUGUAUGUCGGCGGACGGGAACACCGUGUGGGCGUUUGGCGACGGAGACUAUGGGAAACUUGGUCUAGGGAGCACUGCAGCCAAGUCCUCUCCACAGAAAGUGGAGGGUCUGUCAGGAAUGAGCAUCAAGAAGGUCUGCUGCGGAACACAGUUCUCAGUGAUUCUGACGAAGGACGGACGGGUCUACACAAGUGGCCAAGAUCGCCUGACAGGUCUGCCCGAGAGCAGGUCCAGACUGUCCAAUCGACCUCAGCAGGUGCCGGCCCUGGCUGGUCACUUCAUCGAGGACGUGGUGGCUGGAUCGGAGCACACCAUGGCACUGACCAGCUGUGGCAACGUUUGGGUGUGGGGCAACAACAUGGACGGACAGUUGGGAUUGGGUCACACCAAUACCGUCAGAGAACCUCUUUUAGUGACCAGUCUGCAGAACAAGAAUAUACGCCAGAUCUCAACUGGGAGGAGUCACUCUGCUGCCUGGACAGCUGCCCCCGUGCCGGCCAGGGCACCAGGUACCCCUCAACCUCUGCAGCUAGGCUUGCCCCACAGCGUGCCCGCUCAGUACACCGCCCUGAAGGAAUGCAAUACCUCCUCCAUCAGAGCGCGCCUCAGGCUCCUGCAUCACUUCUCCGAUCUCAUCUAUGCGUCCUGGCGUCUCCUCAAUCUCAGCCCAACCCAGGGACCUUGGGCGGCAUGCACGACUGGCAUGACAGGAUUGACCGAUGGCCCCCUCCGGCCACUACUGGCCUCCAGGGUCUACACACUGCCCAUGGUAAGGUCCAUUGGCCGGACGAUGGUCCAGGGCAAGAACUAUGGCCCCCAGGUUACGGUCAAGCGACUCGCAACAAGGGGGCGGAAGUGCAAGCCCAUCUUCACCCAGAUAGCCAAGCAGGUGGUGCGGAUGAAACCCGGCGACCUGCGCCUCCCUGCCCGAGCCUGGAAGGUCAAGCUGGUGGGGGAAGGGGCCGACGACGCUGGGGGGGUGUUCGAUGACACCAUCACCGAAAUGUGCCAGGAGCUGGAGACAGGCGUGGUGCCAUUGCUGAUAGCCACACCCAAUGCUUCAGCCGACGCCGGCAGCAAUC